AUGGUACCUGAUCUGCGCAUCCUCUUGGAUGGCGAUGUAAGAGUGUAUCGUCGUGGAGACAAAGUCACUGGAAGAGUCAUUCUAGGAGUCGAAAAUGAGGAAAACAUCGUCGCACUCAAGAUCAGCUUCUUAGGGACAUGCACGACUACUACGAAUAGGCCGGUCCAUACACCUCACCACACUGAUGCCGACCGCUCGAUGCAGAGGCAUCAGGAACGCGUUCAACUGUUUCAUUUCGAACAAGACUUGCUCUCGGGCUCCCUACUCUCAACGAACAAGGAAUCUCGGACGUUCGACUUCAAGUUUCCUGAAAUGACAGCACCGAGGUAUUCAAAAUGGCAACACGGACCGAGGUACCCCAAGGGUCCUCACCCACUACCACCAUCUUUCCAGACCCACACGUCGGGUGGCCAGGCAGUCAUAGCAUACUCUCUGCAAGUAACGCUUUCCAGAGGUGGUAAUCAAGGAUCAACCGUAAUUGAAGAAAUAUUGCCCUACCACCCAACUCCCGACGACAUGCAACUGGAACCAAAAGCCCACUCACGCGUCCUCUACGCACAGAUAUGGAAGCCUCUUGCAGACAGUCGCACCGUAAUGGACAAAGCCUUCUCUAAAUUAUCCCGCCGCAGAUCUGCCGGCAACAGCGGCCCUCGGAUCGUCCCUACCCUUCACCAUCCCGAGAUGAUCGCUCCAGGACAGAAUAUACCCCUCUACAUCUCUCUUGAGGAUUCAUCUCCCGCGCCUAUACCCCGAACCUCACAAUGCAUACUCGACUCCGUAACCGUCAAGAUAAGCACGCACACGACCUCUAUCUGCGGCCAAUCCGCCACCUCCCCCGAAGACGUCGAACUCAAGCGUGUAACCUGCCUCUCCAAAUCCAACAUAGCCAAACCCCUCCCCUUCCACACCAAAAAGAAGCUCGCGCACAACUUCCGCCUCGUCGACGACGCAGAAUGCGUCCCCAGCUUCAAAACCUACACCAUCACGCGCCGCUACGACCUCUCCGUAUCCAUUGGACUCAAAUACGAGGGCCGCGAGUUCACGGUCAGAUGCACGACGCUGCUUGAGAUCUUGCCUCGUGUGCCGCGGGAAUUGCUGCCUAAUAGACCUGAAGAUGAGGAAGAGGUUGAACCGUUGCCGCUGUAUGUGCCGAGGGAGCCGAGCAGAGAGUUUGCACCGGAGUAUGCGAGCAUUUUUCAACUGGAGGGAGCGUCUUCGAGCGAGGCGUCGCUGGCUUAUACGAGGAGUAGAGGGUCGAGUGUGCCGUCUAGUGUCGAGAUACCUGCGGUUGACGUUGGCAUGAGCUUUGAGGAGGUGGCGGUGAGACUGAGAUAA